UACAGUCACAGCAGAGAGACACACAGCAUUGAAAACAAGACCCUGACACUGAGAAGCUGUGUGGGACUCACACCUUUUAAAAGGGAAAUGAAGAUGGGAUUCCUGGGGAGGACCUGUCUCAUUGUCUUGAGUUUGCUACCAGCUGUUUCUACACAGAGAGAAGGCAGCUCUGUUGUUGGCUCUGAUCAGCCCAUCAUCACCUCUCCUGGUGAAGAUGCCAUCCUGGCCUGUCACAUCACCCCCAGUCUUAGUGCUGUGGACAUGGAAGUGAGGUGGUACAGAGACAGCUUCGAUAUCCCAGUUCAUUUAUAUGACUAUCAAAGCGAUUGGACAGAUAUUCAGGACAGUGACUAUCGGGGCCGCACUGCUCUCUCUAUAUUGGGGCUGCAGGAAGGCAUUCUCUCUCUGUACCUGAGAAACCUCCGACACACUGAUAGCGGGGUCUAUUACUGCUAUGCCUCUGAUGGAGUCUGGGAUGGGCAAGGAAAGACUGAACUGAUAGUCAGAGCUCUGGGGACCCAGCCCUCAAUCUCUAUGGACUCUACACAAGGAGAGCAGACCCGGCUGGUGUGCAGAUCAGAGGGGUGGGACCCUGAACCUGAAGUGAUCUGGAGAGACAGGGAUGGAAACAAUGUGACAUCACUGUCCAACACAACAGUGCAGAGGGACAGUCAGGGGCUCCUCAGUGUCAGCAGCUACAUCAAAAUCAAACAGCAGUCCAACGUGUUCUCUUGUCUGGUUAGAAGUAAAACACCCAAACCAGACUGGGAAUCCAAACUCCACAUAUCCAGUGAUUUUUUCCCAGGAGUCUCUGGAUGGAUGGUGGCUUUCUUCUUGACUUUAGCUCUCAGUAUUGGAGUCAUUCCUCUGCUGGUGAUCCAAUGGAGAAGAAUGGAUGCCAUGGAGAGGAAGCUUGAGCCUAUGGCUGCUCUUCAUCUUCAUAAGGAACUUGAGUCUAUGAGACAGAUCCCUAAAUCAGAAUGGAAGUGGAUCCUCAACUCAGCAGUUGACAGUUUGACUCUGGACCUCGAUGCAGCACACCCCCGGCUCACCCUGCCUGUGGAUGAGAAACAAGUGAGAAGGAAAAGGCAGGAUCAUAACAAUCCCCAGAGAUUUGAUUACAGGCGCUGUGUGCUGGGAAGGGAGGGCUUCACUUCAGGGAGACACUACUGGGAACUGGGGGUGGGAGAUAAUACAUUUUGGAGAUUAGGAGUCUGCAGAGAGUCUGCCCAGAGACAGGGGGAGUUUAUCAUGACCCCCCAGCAGGGUUACUGGACUGUGGAGUGGGAUGGAGAUGAAGAUAAAGAUGAGUUCACUGCUGUCACUGACCCCCAGACCCCCCUCCCCCUGAGCCUGAAGCCCCAGAAACUGGGGGUGUAUCUGGAUUAUGAGGAAGGACGGCUCUCCUUUUACAAUGUGGAGACCAGAUCUCACAUCUACACUUUCACUGACAUGGAGUUCAAUCCCAAUGAUAAACUCUAUCCAUUCUUCUGGUCGUUGGAAUACAAAGACCUUGUGCUGGUGUCCCCGGGGAAGAUGAAUGACAACUUUUUCUUUCUUCUAGUCUGGAAAUGGAUUGUUGCUGCAUCAGUUGAUGUGACUCUGGACCCUGAUACAGCACACCCCCGGCUCACCCUGUCUGCGGAGGGGAAACGAGUGAGACUGGGAGAGACACGGCAGCGUCUCCCUGACAAUCCAGAGAGAUUUGAUUACAGGCGUUGUGUUGUGGGCAGGGAGGGCUUCACUUCGGGGAGACACUACUGGCAGGUGCAGGUGGUGGGGAAUACGCUGUGGACAUUAGGAGUAAGCAGAGAGUCUGCCCCGAGGAAGGGGGAGUUCAGUUUGUCCUCCCAGCAGGGCUACUGGACUGUGUGGUGGAGUGUAGGUGAGUUCAUUGCUCUCACUGCCCCCCGGGUCCCCCUCCUCCGGAGCCUGAAGCCCCAGAAGCUGGGGGUGUAUCUGGAUUAUGAGGAAGGGCAGCUCUCCUUUUACAAUGUGGAGACCAGAUCUCACAUCUACACUUUCACUGACAUGGAGUUCAAUCCCAAUGAGAAACUCUAUCCACUCUUCUGUACUCUGGAUAGUGAAACAGACCUUGUGCUGGAGUCCCCUGACCCUGACCCUGUCAGCGCUGCAGAUUAAACACACAUUGCUGUCUGAACCAGGAAACUAUUCAAACAGCUCAGACAAUCUCCUCUUCACUUUCACUGACACUCUCUCUGCACUCUUCUGGGAUGAUGAUGUAGCACCUGGCCACCGGGACAUUGUGGGGCAAGAGUCAUGGAAUACACAAAAAGUACAGCCUGACUUCACCACCGAGGGAAUUCCACCCUCACAAUUAAAACAAACGGUAGUUUAAAACACGUCUCUUAAGUAGGUUCUUUUAUAGGGCGUGGAACUGGGAUAUAAAUCAGAAGGAGCAAACAAACUAUAACGAUUAAAAAAUAAACUCCAAAUUUUAUUUGGAGAAGACACAAACUCAGAGCAUAGAUAUGCACAAUAACAAACAAUUACUACCAUCAACAGUAUAUAACCGUGCAGACGUGACAGAAGUGUCAGAAAAACACAUAUAGCAGCAACAAAAUUAACUGUGCAAAAGAACGCUAAUAAAUACUAAUCAUAACAAAUAAAUCAACAAAUCAAAUACACCAAACACAUCUUUAAAUCACGCAGAUACAAACCAAUAAAAACAAACAUGCAAAGUGCAACACAUUGCUAUUAUAAUGAACUAUUCCAUUUGUUUAAACACACAAAACAAAUAGGUUAUCGUUGACAGUGCAGUUCAUUCAUCAAAGAAUGAUAUUGUGAACUGGAGUUUAAUCAUUACAGGAAAUUAAUAAAAAACAGUCAUAAUAAGCAAUACAGUACAUUAAAAAAACAAAUAAAACAACCAGGGGGAUAUCUAAAAGCUUAAAACACAAACUGCUACAAUGAGAAGAAAUCCUCUCUCUUCCACCCUCUUUCCCUGAGCCCCUCUUUAUUUCUCUACACCCCCUUUCCUACUCUCCCUUCCUGCCUCCCUCUCCCUUUCCCCUCCACCUCGCUCCAUCUCCAGAUCCCUAUCUUAUCCUUCUCUCUCUCCUCUCCCCCUCUCACCUCUCCUUUUCUCUCCUCUGAUGUUAUCCUUACUACUCUCCUCUACCCCUCUCUCUUAACCCUAGCCCUAACCUCCCCUCUCCCCCUAUGGCUCUCCUCUCUCUCCCUUCCCUCGGAUAUGUUAAUCUACUCCCUUUCCUACUCUCCUUCUCUCCACCCUGCCCUCUCUACUCUCUAUCACCCUCUCCUCCCUCUCCUUCUUUCCACCCUGCCCUCUCUACUCUCCCUCUCUCCUCCCUGUCCUCUCUAUUCUCCCUCUCUCCUCUCUGCCCUCUCUACUCCCCUGUCCCUCUCUCCUCCCUGCACUCUCUCAUUUUUAUAAUCUGAUACUUUGUACUAUGAUAUUUUGUAAUAACUGUAAGACACCCUAGAUAAGGUUGUCUGCUAAAAAAAAUAAUAGACUUUCUAGACAAUAGAUGAAUGCAUUAUUUUCCAUGUAAUCAAUAUUUACACUGAAGCUGAGAUGUUUCCUGAAUAUUAUUCAUUGCUAAACUUAGUGAACUGAUUUCUGCUAUUUUGAUAUGAGUCUUCUGUUCUAUUUUCUAUCUUUCUUGAUAAAAUGUAUAAAAGAUAUAACGGUGUUGUGUGAUUUACUGCUCAAUUGUUUACCUCAGCAAUCUUGAACUCGUAAAAAGAAAGACAUUCAUGACAACAGAGUGCUGAUUAAAUGAGACCAUUACAGAU